AUGGUCGGCGGUCUAUGUGCAUCUGCACUCUUAUUUUCCACCUACGCUCUGAUGGAGUAUACUAACGAUCACACGUGGUUCUGGAACGAGGAGGGCUUUGUCUGGCCAUGGGUGGGGAUACUCUGGAGCCUUACAGUGUAUAACGAUGAGACGCUGAGCGAUAGUGUGGCUAUGCACAAUGGUAUGAGCACCACGGCUUCUCCCACUGUCGCAUUUACUACCCCAGCGGGCUCGCCGGUUCGACAUGACACCAUUAUCAUCCCGCCUACACCCUUACUACCUCGUGGCCUUCGGCCCGUUCACCUGCCUCCACCGCCGACACAUCACUCUGGAAUCUUGGGCGAAUCGCCAAUGCCAAUCAAGUUUAAGCAUUUCAGCGGACAUUCGGAUUUGGAGGACGUAGAUGAGGAGUAA